AUGGAAGAACUAAUUUGGUAUAUGGAGGAGAAAAAGAUAAAUACUACAUUUUUACUAAAAAUUGAAUAAAAUUCAAAUGGAAAAGUUUUUAGCGGUCCUAAGCGUUAAUUAAAACCUAUAUAUUUGUAAUAGUAUUUACCAUAACCAAAUGAUUAACAUUAAUCCUUGUUUAUGGUAGUAAGUAUUAAUUAUUCAAUUUUAUUUAGGGCUUUUAAAAAAGAAACUAAAUAAUAAUUGGAAUAUAUCAAUCACCAAAAUAUAGCUAUAAUUUGAUUAUAUAUUAUUAAAUAUUAUAUAUAAUAAAAUAUUUUAUUUAAUUAUGAUAUUAUCAAAUUAAAUCUAAUUAAUUAACUGUGAAAAAUAUUUAUAUCCAAAAUAUUUACAAUUCACUUUAUUUAUUAUUUUAUAAUUAAAAGGAUCUAACCAUAAAUUAAGAAUGUCUUAAAACACCAUAUAAAAUGAAAGGGUCAGAUAAUAUUAAAAAGUGCAUUAAAUCUAAAAGGAGUAACUCCAACAUUUAGUCUUUAGAUAAUCUUAUUCCAUUAAAUCUGUAAUACAUACAUCUUAUAUAUAGGCUUCUAAACUCUUAAACAUAAAAUAUGCUACUGCAAAAUCUAUUAUAUCUAAAAUUCGAAAAUUGAAAAUAAAAAAAUACUUAUACCUCAACAAAAAAUUGGGGCAGUGUUAAUUUAAAAAAGUUGAAUUCUCCAAACCAUAAUUAGAAAUUCAAUCUUUAGUGUCAGGAACUUUGAUUAGUUCAUGUUAAUACUAUUUAUAUUGA